AUGGCUCCAAAGUUGAAAACAGUAGGAAUUCUACACUCCGCUGGGCAGCCUCUUAAUAAGCCAGUGAUCAUAAGACCACCAUGUUUUUCGACGGCAAUAUCGAGACCUCCCACUUGGACCUUGAAUCUUGAAUCUUGGAGCAAGGUUACCGCGUUCUCUGAGCUGCGCAUCCUCAAAGUAGCGACAAUUAUUGACAUAAGGUUGCUCGGAUGGGCAAGACGUUGCGACUUUAGGUCUCUCAAAUCGCUGCAUCUACGUUUAGAGGCCGGCAUUUGGGGUGAUAAUUGUCUCAUGGAUGAGAAAGCCAGCUUUCUCCUCCGGGCGCUCCCUUCACUGGAUAGUAUAAAAUUGAUGCGCUACUGUGGAGAUAUGUCGUUCCAAGAAAUCUUGGAGCACGGGACCCUGCGUCGGCUUUGCAUCCUGCCAGGCGCUGAAAGAGCGGUCAGGCCAUUUGUCAUGACCAGAGAGAAAAUUGAUAGCAUUUUAGCAUAUUGUCCACGCAUUGAAGACUUAACUGUGUCUAUUCCGCGCACCAAUGGGGAUUUCCGGGAAGUGGAGAUCCACCGAGCCCUUGCCCAGAUGCCGCGGCUCAAAAAGCUCGAAAUAUUCUUUGACUGCUCAGGUUUCUAUGACUGGCGCAAAGGGGGAUCCUCUCUACAGCCAACUUCUCCGUUAGGCUACGCAGAUAUUCAAGAUAUUCUGAUUAACGCUUCUAUCUAUGAACCUUUAAUCUAUUCUAUAUUUCGAACUAUUAUCGAAGCGAGCCCACGAGAGUUUCCUCCUCUCCAACGUUUGAAGGCAGUAAUAUUCGACUUCGGCAAUUUGGGGGUAGAGUACACAGCCGACCUGGAUGCUAUCGUUCAAUUCUUAUUUCGCAAGUGGCAGUGUAUCCAGGUCCAAGAGAUGGUCAUGACAACAUUAUCGUGA